CAAAAACCACGAACCACCAAAAGUUUGGUCAACUUGCGCUCUUCCAAGAUACCCGUAUUUAAUUCAUCUACGGCAUCGCACAAGAGCUAUCCAUUGAUGGAUCCGACUUUCAAGUUCCCGGCAUCGCCAGGGACACCUUUAUUUCAGGUAUCGCCCGAACGCGUCAAUCAGCAGCGUGUCUAUGAUGAGAGUCCGGCCGCGAGCGUGAGUGGCAGGCAUACGAGGGAGAGCAGUGUUCAUGAUAAGGUUGCGCAAUUCAACUCCUUGGCUUUUCAAGGGAAGCAGUUGGAGAGAAAGGCAAAUGACGCUGCUUUGAAGCGCGCCAUGCUGGGGAGAGAGGAGGCGGAGAGCGAGAUGCGCAGAUACAGAGAGGAGACGAGAGAGCUCAGACGACAGCUUGAGGAAGGUAAAGAUAGAGAGCGGAGAGUGGGCGAAAGACUGGAGACUGUUAUGGAGAAUUAUGGCCGUGCGAAGGAGACACACGCACACACCCAAACGUUGUGGGAGAAGGAAAUUCGACGAGCUCGGAAAGAAGCCUUCAAGACACAAUCGAUGACUGUGAAGCUCCAAGAAGAGUUGAAGUCCGCGCGUAAUACCCUCAAAGCCGCACAAGCAGAUCUCGAGCAGGAGAAAGAACGGAGCUUGAAGAGAGAGCAAGAAGCCUUUGCUGCAAGAUACCAGCUUGUCGGUGUUCAAGAGGAGCUCUCUCAAAUGCAAGAGAAUGUCAAGUUGGUUGAGCAAGAGCGAGAUGCCUUAAGGACGAUUGCAAAGAACGAGGAGAUUGCUAGGAUUGCUGCGGAAGGACGACUUCCACUACCUCCAUCCCAAGAGAACGACGAGUUCGCAAGCCCCAAGAAAGCUAGGAAGUCUUUGGACCCGGUUACUAUCAUAUCUUCAGCAGCAAGCGAGGAGGAAAUGGAUGAUCUACGCAUGUUGCUAGAGUGGGAACAACAAAGAGCAGAACGAGCACACGAUCGUGUCGAGUUCUUGGAGAUGGAGUGCAGACUGAACUGCUGUGCUUCCAGAGCUGUACGAGAGCUGGCUGCUGCUGCAGCUGAACACCAAGCUUCUGCCCAGGAAGUUAAGCCACGCUCGAGCACGAUUUUUAUCCCUGCUGAAGCCGUUUUCCGUACCGUCUCUCCACCACCAGAAGAGUCGCCAUGGAUCUCUCCAGCAAAGAAGUCUGGAACUCAUCCAUUACCACAACUUCCUCCUCGGCAAUCUGAAGAAGUUCGAUUCUUCGCUAGAACACCAUCUUGCGAACCACCCGCGGCAGCUAUGAUCUCGGAUUCUAAUGCCUCUCUUCUCUCCCUUCUCGAAACACCUGCUAGUCCACCACGGACAGAGUCUCGAACUACAACACGAACCGAGUCCCCGUCUCAAGAGAGCGAUUGUGAUACAGUCAUUGUCACUCGGCAAGAGGAAGAAGCUCCUGCAAAGUCGAUCAAGAUUGAGACUUUCCAUACCGUCAGCACCACAACUCGCAUCCCCCUCGCCAAUCCUCCAGACCUCACUCCGCCUACGAUGCUUCCAUCUGCUCUUGAUCCGGCAUUGAGCCCUACCAUGUCGAGAGAAGAAGCUUUAGCAAUGAUUCGUGAAAGAAGAGGCCGAGCAAGAAGUUUAGCUCAAGGCACAAUGACACCAAGAAAGCAGAUGGUCGAGGGAGGAGUGAACAGAAGAGAUAUCAGUGCACCCGCCAUUCGAAGUGGGAAUGUGAGAGGGAGAAGUCAGGCCAGAGUGCAGGUAUAGAUAUGUACUUGGAGGUGUAGGAUAUCGGUGUUGAUGAUUGGAGAGAGAAUGGCUUGGAUGAUGCGAUUUUGCUUUCCUUGCGGGCAGCAUAGCACCUGGCGUUUCUUAUUCAAAAUGGAGGCGUCCUGGUGUAUGGGUGUCUGAUUUCAUCUUUGCUAGGAUACCUUGUAGUGUAAUUAGGAUUAGAAUGUUG